UUGCCAGGAAAGUGCAGAUCUCUGUCCUCAGGACAAAUACUUAACCUAUAACAGAAUAUUGCAUAUACAGUGAAUAAAAAGCUACUUGAUGAAAUAACAGCUAUUUCUUUUUACCAUGGAUAAUCCGCAAAGUAAGAAGCAGUUUGAAUAAUCAGGACCAAGUGUGGGAUGGCUGAGAGUGUACCCACAAUGGAUAACUCUGAUGAUGAGGAGUUCUAUGAUGUACCCGACUCCUUCCUUGACCCAUACAGUCAGGACAGAGAGAACACUACACCAGCACCACAGUCUGACUACGUUCCUCCACCAGGAGAUGUAAGAGUUCUCAGUGCUGACCAGGAGACUGUUUCUCUUGGCUUUUCACUCACUGAGACCUCUGUUAGGUAUAAACUGCAAAUAGAUUACUCCUCCUUACAGAGGAGCAGUUUGAUCAGAGAGGACUCCAGCACUGUGACGGUUGAGGGACUGAAUCCUGGGACUGAGUAUACUUUCAGCAUCAUAAGGAUUGCUGAUAAUGGAAAUCAAAGCAAAGCAACCUCGCUAUCUGUCUUCACAGAGCCCAGCCCUCCUGCAAACAUUACAGUCGACCAGAUAAGCAGUGAGUCACUGUCUCUGAGUUGGGACCCACCUGCUGGUGAAGUGGAGAGCUACACUGUGACCUGUUGCAGCGAGGGAGAAACUGAACAAGUGUUGACAACAGAUGCAAACAACCUGACUUUCAGCAACCUGAAGCCAGGGGUGUGUUACUCCCUGCAGGUUUCUGCACAACUUAGGAAUGGAAGACGAAGCAAGCCAGCUGUAACAGCUGCUGGCACAAAGACACACCUACAGAGCUUUUUGAAGGACUUGGGGUUGGAGCAGCACUACACAGAGAAGCUAUCCCUGAACACAAUACUUCAGAUUGACAAGAGGACCAUCUCUGAUGAAUCCAUCAAGUGUAAUUCAGAUCUUCCAUGGUAUUUUCUGAAGAAACUGAUGAUGGUUAAUGUGACAGCUAGGAAUAUGAAAUGUACAGCUGCAUGUGAGUCAUAUUGUGAUGAUCCGUCAGGGAAUACAGAGUUAGGUCUUGAUGAUCUAUUUAACAGUCAACAUUCAGGUGACAUGUUAAACCCCCUUGACAUAAUCACUGCUCUCUUUCUGUGGUCUGAUGGUUUUGUACAACAGGAAAUGGCACUCAAAAUGUCUAUGUGUCAGUUUUCUGUGCCUCUGUUGCUUCCCAAUUGUGACACAAAGCAGUGCACACUCAUGCUUUGGGCCAUGAGAGACAUCGUUAAAAAGUACAGACCUCAGUCACUUUCAGAGUCCAAGGGCUUCAUUGAACAAAGAAUUGUUCUCUCUGAACUUCCAAUGAUAUCUUUUGUGAGACUGGGUGAGUGCUCCCUGUCCAAGUCAGGGAUCCUCAAUAAGCUUCUGAGCAAUUCUCAGCAGUACCAUGAUACCUUUGUUCACUGUAACAUGGAGUGUGGUGACAGUCCAAGGAGAAUAUCCAAUGGACUGGUUGAAAUGACUUGGUACCUUCCUUGUGGGAACAAAAACAUGGAUAUUUUCAGUGAGCCAGUAGCUGUAGCUAACCUUCGUGGAGACAUUGCUUCAUUUGAAACACAGUUUUCUUUUUUGUGUCAGACAUCAGCAGCAGUUUUUGUGUUCUUUGACAAUUUGGACUCUGAGUGCGAGCUGCUCACCAACCAACACCACAAGGCACAGAUCUUUUUGGUAGGUAACCAUCAAAGUAAGCACUUCAGUGUUGAUGCUGUAAAGAAGGUGGCAACCAAGUUGGGCUUGAACAACAGCAACAUCCUUUUACAGACUAAGCAAAUGAAUGAUGCAGACUUUGUCAAAAACUUGCAGAUAACAGUCAACAAUGUAGUUGAGUACUCAAAGAUGAAGAUGCAGAUUGAGCAGAUGGCUGACAUUGCCUAUGAACUGGGAAUCUUGGUUGAUGAAGACUCUUCAGAGUGCCAGACUGCCAAGAAAAAUGCAGAUGCCAUUACUGCAGAAAUUCAAGACAUCCUUAAAUACAAAGACACUCAGCUACCCUUGCAAGGCCAAAUAUGGAAGGAACUGACUCGCUUAGAGAAGGAACAAUUUCGGCUUCGAAAUGUUGGGUUCCAGAACGUAGAAAACUACAAAAGUGACCUUGAGAUACAGAAAACAGAACUUAGGGAUAAACAGAACUCUUGUGACAUGUCAAAUGCAAUGACAUGUUUUAUCACCGCAAUAUCAAGCCCAGGGGUAGAGAGGUGCUAUUUCCUGAAAUGGAUGCGAAUGAACCUUGAUAACAUAUCUCGAGGAAAAGUGUCUGGCCUUCGGGAGCAGUACAAAAAGAAAUGCAAAAAAUCUGAGAACAAAGAGGAGAUCAAAGAAAUUGACAGACAACUCUCCAACAGCUCACUGGGGACUGAACACUUCUUCCGUGAAAUGGGUCAGAUCUAUGAGGCUUCACUGUCUCUUCCAGAAACAGACCCAUCACGUAAACAGUUACAACAUCUGCCCAAACUAUGUGCAGAAUUGUUACUUGAUGGAUUUCCUGAGCUUGUAGAUGGAGAUGCCUCCAACAUACCUCUCAGAUGGGUGAGUGACGUCCUCUCUCAGCUCAAUGGCUUGGUGUCUCCUAAGAACAAGAUACUGGUGGUCACAGUUCUUGGAGUUCAGAGCACAGGAAAGUCUACUCUCCUCAACACCAUGUUUGGAGUGCAGUUUGCAGUCAGCAGUGGUCGAUGCACUCGAGGUGCCUUUAUGUUGCUCAUCAGAAUCAGUGAAGAUGUUCAAAAAGUCCUCAACUGUGACUUCAUGGUGAUCAUUGACACUGAGGGCUUAAAGUCACCAGAGCUUGCACAACUGGAUAAUAGCCAUGAGCACGACAAUGAGCUUGCAACACUUGUUGUGGGGCUGAGUGAUAUCACCAUCAUCAAUAUCGCAAUGGAGAAUUCAACAGAAAUGAAAGACAUCCUACAAAUAGUUGUGCAUGCUUUUCUCAGGAUGACAGAGGUGGGCAAAAAGCCCAAAUGUCAGUUUGUCCACCAGAAUGUGUCGGAUGUUUCAGCUCAUGAGAGGAACUUACGAGACAGGAAACUGCUCUUGCAGCAGUUAAAUGAGAUGACCCAGGCAGCAGCCAAAAUGGAAAAGAAAGAGGAGAGCAUGAGCUUCAGUGAUGUGAUGGAGUACAGUCCAGACACUGGGAACUGGUACAUUCCUGGACUGUGGAAUGGAAACCCACCAAUGGCACCAGUCAAUGCAGGGUACAGCGAAGCUGUAUAUGAGCUCAAGAAAAAUGUCAUCCAAAUUUUGGGACGUUGUGAGUCAUCUGCUAAUAAUAUCUUGGAGUUUACAAAGUGGAUGAAAAGCCUGUGGAAUGCAGUAAAGCAUGAAAACUUCAUCUUCAGCUUCAGAAACAGCCUGGUGGCUGAUGCAUACAUGAGGCUGUGCACAGAAUUCAACAAAUGGGAAUGGGAAUUCAAAAAAGAAAUGUACACAUGGGUUACAAAUGCUGAGACAAGAAUUUCCAAUUUUGGCAAAUUUGCUGUGGAAUCUGAGAAACCUGACAUGAGAGAAUUUCUUGACCAUUUGAAAAGUGAAGUGUGCACAGUGCUGACGGAAUGGGAGACAAAGCUUCUUGACAAUUUGUCACAGUACUUCAAGCAAACAGAGGGUCACGUCUAUCUAGUUGAAGGAUACAGAGAAGACUUUGCAAACAGUGCAAAGACCCUUCGACGAGAAAUGGAGAGCUCUGUGUUUAAUCAACUCACAGCAGCAGCUGACAUCAGACAGGGAAUGACAGAACUUGAUCAAAUCAAGGAGAACCACACAAAAGAAUUAGAGGGCAGAGUGUGUGCACUGAUUGAAGAAUGUCGGGGAAAAAAUGUGGAGAUGACAGUCAAAGAGUUGGACAAAGAAUCUGAUAAGAUGUGGAACAGAAUGGUGAAGGAACUCUCCUUCUCUAAGCAAAAGCCUGCUGAUGUCUUUGCAAGGGUGUACCACUACCUGAGAGAAAAUCUAAGACAUAGGGGAAGUCAUGUCUGUCAAUUGCUCAUUAAAAAAACCCUGACAGAAUGUGGACUUGUUCCUUUCAAAUAUACCUUGGAAGGCUCUUUCGACCAGUUGAGACAUAAAAUCGGCAAGUGGUUCAACAUUGAAGAUCACAUAAAGGCUGUACAUCAAGUGGCUGACAGUAUCAUAGCAGAUUGCAAACAGUUUGUGACUGGAAAAGUGGAAAGAAAAAGCAAUUACCAUGACACUUACAUUCAGGAGAUCCUCCACAUGAUUGACGAGAAGCUGCAAAACAAUAAGGAAGUGAAGACAGAUGCUGAGUUUGAAGUUUCUCUGAAACAGCACAUCUGUGGAGAUGCAGCCAGACAGUUUCAGAAAAUGCAUGAAGAUUUCAUACAUGAGAAUGAUCCCUACAGAUGUCUGAAUGAAAACAAAGCUAAGUUUCGAACUGAUUUUAAAGAUGUGUUCCAUGAACGAGACCAGUGCCAGAAGAAGGCAGAAGAAUUCACAAACUGCUGCCUGAAGCCUGCAGUCGAAGACUUUGUCAAGCGUUCCUUGGGUCCUGAUAUCAUUGGUGAAAUGAUGACAAGCCAGCAGUUCAGCACACGAAUAUACCUCCAGUAUACAAUUUUACUGGAUUUGCUCACAAAGGAUGACUUUGAAAGCUAUCUGAGCUACAUUGGCUCAUAUGAGUAUUAUGUAAAGAAAUGGAUCCUCGACCAAAUAGUAGAACGCUUCUCAAAAGGGUCUACCAUGUUUGAGCUUGAGUAUCGAAAUCUCCAGUUUAGCAUGAGGAACAUAACUAAUGCUAUCAACAAAGCUAAAACCAAAAAGAGUGGCAACUUAAGAACAUUUGUUGAAGAUGUCUGUCAGGAACUUGGUGAUAAACUGGUCAUUUCCCAGGAUGCUCUUGGUGCUUUCAUGAUCCUGAACAAUGCCAACCCGGAACAGUUUGCUCACUGGCUCACUGACUGUCUGAAGGACAUGGCAGAAGCUCUCACAGAGAAGUUUAAAGAAACAAACAUCCAAACAAAACUAAAACAACUCAGUGUGAAUCCUCAGAACGAGCUUUUCACCAAACUGAUUGGAUGUGGUAAACAGUGUCCAUUCUGCAAAGCACCUUGUGAGGCAGGAGGAAAAGACCACACUGAGCACUGGACAUCAUUACAUCGGCCACAGGCUCUGGGUGAAGUCAGGUUGCGUGGGACAUGUGGUACUGACAUAUGCUGUCACUCUGUGAUCAGUAACAGUUAUUUUUGCUGCAGUGCCACAAAUGGUAUUUGGCACCCUUACAAGCGUUACAAAGAAAUUUUUCCUGACUGGAAAAUUUUUCCAGACGCAAGCCUUCAGGCAUCAGACUACUGGAAAUAUGUACUGGCAAGGUUCAACAAUAAGUUUGCUGAAGCAUAUAAUGCAAACCCUGCUAGCAUACCUGCUUCAUGGAAAUGUAUCAUACAUAAGCAAGCAGAAGCAAGCCUCAAAGAAUGCUUUAAUAUCAGGUGAGAGACUACAAGCUUUGUGGUUAUAGAGGUGCACAUCCUACUAACAUGCAUUCACAAUCAUUACAUGGAUAUUUACAUUUUACUUGUUUAAUAUGACUUAGAGGUAGAGCACAAAUAUUAACAUGUUGUCUAUAAGAUGAUCAGGUUGAAGAUAUUGUCAAUACAAAGUUAUUUGCAGCUGCAGCUUACAAAUACAAUAGUUCUAUGUUUAUGUUUAUGAGAAUACUUUUAGAUACUGUUUGAUACUUUAGGACACAUACUAACGUUUCCAGUUUGAUUAAAUUUGAGUUUGAAUUCAUGAUUUUGUGUGAAAGAUGAAUAUCAUUAGAAUGUAAAUGCCAAGAGGUACAAAUGGCGUAUGUAAUCUUUUAUUGAUCAUUUUGUUUCCGUGGAGUGUCUGAUGUCAAAUAUUUACAACAGUUGGUCUUUUUUUUUUUUUUUUUUUUUAAAUCUGAUUAGGUAUGAUAUGCAGUUGUUUAAAAGAAAGUUAGAAUCAGUUUGCUUUCAUUUCUGUAAAGUAUCUGAUGCUAAAUAUUUUUCACUGUAUUAAAAGAUGUCAAGAUGUGGGUUAUACGUGAGACAGUUUUUUUCUUGCUUUACUGGCUUAUAUUAUUGAUUAAUUUAACAUUUGAAAUGUGUGUUUUUAUUUAGAUUUAAGUAGCUCUACACUUUAUGCAGAGCAUAUUUAUGAUUUAGAGUUUGGGCCAGGAUUGUCUGCAUAUGGCUCUCAACAUUUAGGUGGCUGAGCCAGUUGCUAGCAGCUAACAGUGCAAACAGUGCCAACAAGGUAACAGUGUUGGCAGAGCUAACGUUUCAGAGGGUGGGUGUUACGCUUCUGCAUCAAUGCUGUGCCACCACCAUGGGUUGAGAUGGGGUUAUUAGUGGUAACCUCCAUAUACACGCAGUGCAUAAUGGCAGCGAUUAGCUAGCCAGUGGGAUACACACAGGGACUCACAUGCAUUGACAUGCACGGGCAGCCGGACUAGUUACCACAACAAAGAACAGAGAAGCUUGGAUUAUAACACACACAGAGGUAGUGUUACUAUAUUAUCUGCUCAGGAGGCCACGACUCCACUAUAUCUUUACUGAGCAAACAGCUGUUCAGUGCUUUAUUAAUGUUCUGAAUGUAUAUAUGACAGAGUGUCAGUGUUACUCUUAGGCCACUUAAUGUCCUCAGUCAGAUCUGUGGGGAACUGUCAUCCAUGUAAUAAAAGCUGUAAAUGGGUCCUAUUGUAAAAUCUUCCACCUUUGAUUUUUACUCAUAAUAAAUUGA